AUCAAGAGCCUCUCGGCAGCCUGUGAGGAGGGCAUCAACUCGCAGAUCAACAUGGAGCUGAACGCCAGGUAUACCUACCUGUCCAUGUCGUAUUACUUUGACCGAGACGACGUCGCUCUGAAAAACUUUUCAACGUACUACAAGAAGCAGGCAGACGAGGAGCACGAGCACGCAGAGAGGCUGGUGAACUACCUGAAUCGGCGAGGGGGGCGCCUUGUGCUGAAGGACAUUAAGAAACCGGGGGAUGAGUGGGGCAAUGGCCUGAACUCGAUGGAGAAAGCUCUGCAGCUGGAGAAAGAUGUGAACAAGAGUCUCCUGCAGCUGCAUAAGCUAGCCUCUGAACAGAACGACCCCAGUUUGUGCGGAUUCCUGGAGUCCUACUACCUGGAGGAACAAAUUGAAGCCAUCAAGAAAUUCGGAAACCACAUCACCAACUUGAUGCGGCUGGGAGCCUCUGACAGUGGCCUGGGAGAGUACCUGUUCGACAAGCACACCCUGGGGCAAGAGGAGAAGUGAGG